AACAUAGUUCAUGAUUUAUGAAAAAUGGAAAAAGAAAGUAUUGAUAGCGAGAUACCGCAUCUCCUCAAUAAAUCCCAGGGAGUGCAGAAAAAGGCAGCGCCGUACAUCACAUGAUGAUAAAGAUCUGCUACUUGCCGCGGAGGAUAUUUUUAUAGCGACCGCACGAUUGUCUUUUAUUUUCCUUUCUCACAAUUUCGGGCUCACCACGGCAAAUUCCCAGUUGGCAGAUAAACGCAGCCUGUUUACAGGCACUGACAUAACAGGGACGGCUCAGCUGAUUCGGUUUAGUUGUUAGCAACUGUGCUAAUCUCGGGGCUGCUCCUGUCUCAGUGGAAAAAUACAGCAGGGAAGUGGUGUAUACCUUGAACCUUUGUCAGAGCCAAACACUUUCUCAAGUGCGGCCGCACGGUGCGGAGCGCAGCGUCUGGCGACCGGCGGCUUUGAUUCCCACUCUGGCUCCGCUCAUGACUUUUUGUUUGUAUAGAAAGCCUGCGGUGCAUCCACCCGAGAGGAAUACUGAUCACUUUGUUGUUGCAGUAAGCAACUGUCGGGGGAGGGGGCUUUGUGAUGGAGGGGGAAUUCCUGAAAGGAAGCAGCCGUGAAGCGGCCGGUCGAGGCAACAAUCUGGCGAAGAAGGCGCAGCUGCUGGACCGCGGCAAGUGGGCAAACAAGUUGGAGUUCCUGCUGGCCGUGGCGGGGACCCUGGUGGGCCUGGGGAAUCUCUGGAGGUUCCCUUAUUUGUGCUACAAAAAUGGGGGAGGGGCAUUUUUGGUUCCAUAUGUUUUAUUUCUUCUGGCCUGCGGUAUCCCCAUGUUCCUCCUGGAGACGGCCAUGGGCCAGUAUACAUCUCAAGGAUGCAUUACAUGCUGGAGGCACUUCUGCCCUUUGUUCGAAGGGAUUGGCUACGCAACCCAGGUAGUGAUUGCCUACGCUGCGGUGUCGUACAUCGUCAUCCAGGCCUGGGCGUUCUUCUAUCUCUUCUCAUCCUUCAGUGCGGAGGUUCCGUGGGCCAGCUGCAGGAACAUCUGGAACACAGAUAAUUGUGUUGAAUUUGACAAAAAAAAUGCGUCAAGUAAUUGGACGGCACCGGCAAAUUCGACAACUCCUGCAACGGAAUUCUGGGAGCGACGAGUUCUGGGGAUAUCCAAGGGGAUAGAAGAGAUCGGCAGCCUGAGGUGGGAGCUGGCCUUGUGUCUCUUGCUGGCUUGGAUUCUGUGCUACUUCUGUGUUUGGAAAGGAGUGAGAUCCACUGGAAAGGUAGUUUACUUUACGGCCACUUUCCCUUAUGUCAUGUUGGUUGUUCUGUUGGCUCGUGGACUAACUUUACCCGGUGCCAUGGACGGCAUCGUUUUCUACCUCUAUCCUGACCCGACAAGGUUGGUGGACCCUCAAGUUUGGAUGGAUGCAGGUGCACAAGUCCUGUUCUCCUUUGGGAUUUGUCAGGGGAGUUUGACAGCCCUCGGCAGUUACAACGAGUUUAAUAAUAACUGCUACAAGGACACGUUUGUUCUGUGUUUGGUGAAUGCUGGUUCAAGCUUUGUGGCGGGCUUUGCUAUCUUUUCCGUUUUGGGUUUCAUGUCCUACGAACAAGGAUUGCCAAUAUCUGUAGUGGCUGCCACUGGACCCGGCCUGGCUUUUAUCGCGUAUCCACGAGCCGUUGCAAUGAUGCCCCUGCCUCAGUUGUGGUCCAUCUGCUUCUUCAUCAUGGUCAUCCUGCUGGGUGCCGACACACAGUUUGUCAGCUUGGAGUGCCUGAUGACCUCCGUCACCGAUAUGUUCCCGACUGUUUUCCGGAGGGCUUAUCGACGAGAGCUGCUGCUGCUUUGUCUCUGCUCCGUUUGCUUCUUCCUCGGCCUUCUUCUCGUCACCGAGGGGGGCUUGUAUUUCCUUCAGCUUUUUGACCAUUACGUCUGUAGCGGCAACAACCUGCUCCUCCUAUCGGUGUGUCAGUCCAUAGCAAUUGGAUGGAUCUAUGGUGCAGAUCAUCUGUAUGACAACAUUGAAGAAAUGAUAGGGUAUCGUCCGUGGCCACUAAUGAAGAUUUGCUGGCUUUACAUCACCCCCGCCGUGUGUCUGGGUACCUUCGUCUUCUCCCUGGUGAGGUACAAGCCUCUAAAAUUCAACAAAACCUACGUGUACCCCACCUGGGCCUACGUUUUGGGCUGGUGCCUGGGCCUGUUCUGCGUUCUGCUGGUGCCUCUCUGGAUCGUCUUUAAAGUGACGCGGAUGAAGGGCACAGUAUGGCAGAACCUCAAGCAGCUUUGCCGCCCGGAAAACAAGCCCCACGACUCGCCAAAGCAACCUGAGCAGUACCCGCUUAAUCCCAGCAAAGCGUUGGCUCCUGCUGCCAACGAGUACAAGGCGAGCGGCGGCGUUGAAAUGGAGGCGCAAGUAUGAGACGGCGAACGUUUCAAAAAAGUUUUUCUGCAAGCUAGCCGGUUUGAAGUUCUUCUGCCACUAGAUGAGACCACUCUCAACUCGUCUCCGUUUAUUACUUAGUGGUUCUUGCGCUUAGAUAAGCUUCACCUUAAAUCAUUUUCAUUUGUCAAGUCUGCCAACAAACGCGCGGUGACAUUUUCCUUCGCAAGUUUUGAGCACUGGCUGCCGCGCUAAAGUUGUCAUGAGAACCGAUGAGGAAACCGUACCAAAAUUGAAACGCCGUGGUUAUGUUUGAUCGGGGAAUAAGUCCCGCCAAGAUGAGUGCCUGUGUAAACUUUUUCGUGUACCCGCGCAAACUCCCAGAACGCUCGAUUUGGGCAGGAAAAACACGACGUUUGGCCUGUUUUAUUCCGGUAAAUGACAAAAAAAAAUAGAAAAAAUGAUGUCUCCUUCCAUUUCUCCCAACAGUUGACAAAAUUCUUAUGAGAACAUGCUCGACUACUCCUUUAUUUAUUAGCGCGUCAUCGGCACUGCCAAUUUUCUCCGCGAGGACGCAAGAAUUAGCGCGUUUUGCAGCGCACGCGUGAGCUGGUUGGAAUUUGAAUUCUUGAUUGCACGUUUUUAAGGAGACUUUCAUGGACAAAAACCUUAUUUUUACGUAUGAAACCAGACUUUUUUUUUUUUUUUUUUGGGUACCAAAAAUGUUGGCGGGAUUUUUUUUAAAAACAAGAUGUUCAUGUAGCUUGUUUUAUAAGAAUGACUCAAAUGUACAUCUUUUUGAUCCGAGCUGUCUAUUUUCUACAUCUCUGCCUUUUCAAAAAAUGUUUACUGACUGAACAGAGUGUUGACAUCUCUUACUAACCUCAGCAAUACAACUCAUCUCAUGUUACUGAACUCUUCUUAAAACCUGGUUCUAUUUUGUCAUCUUAACAUUCAUGUUGUCUUUUAUUUUGCGUUUGUCCAGUCGAUGUAGACCAUGGUUACGAUCGUUGUGUUAGAAACACGUUUUUUUUCCCAAUUAUACUCAUACUCGCAUACAAUACAUUUUGUUAUCUUCUGCUUACACCUCCUGAGUUUAAGAAUACUAAAAUCAUCCAAAACCAUGUUGUGCACACAAUAAAACAAAGUUGUUGAGUACGA